GUGCUGUGAGCGUGUCUCGUUUCUCAAGCAAUACAAACAACAGCAUAGAAAACCGAGUUCCCCCAACUUUGAAACUUUUCAAACUCUUUCUUUCUUUCCACUUUCCUUUUUAUUCUCUUUCCCAUUCUUUUCCACCACCACAAGCCACAAAUAAAACUCUCACCUCUAACUCAAACCAAACUUCUAUACUUUCUUCUCUCUCUUUCUCUCUCAACAACAACAACAGCAACAAAAUGGUUUACCACCACCGUAAAAGAUCUUCAGACUCCACCAAAGAUGAAGAAUCACAUAUUCCUCUCAUGGAUUGUUCAUGUUCAACCUCUGUUUACUACAAGAGAACAAAGCCUAAGCUUCUCUCUUUUCUCUUCCUCAUCACCUUUCUCUCUUGUUGCUACGUCUUCGCACCUUUCUUCCUUGGUCCCUCUUUCUCUCUAUCUCUUCUAUACUCUAAUGGACCUGAAAAUGAUGCAAACCAAAACGGUGUUGAUGUGAAAGCUUCUACAUGUUCUUCGGUUUCUACAGGAACUAUAUGUUGUGACAGAACUGGUUAUCGUUCUGAUAUCUGUGUGAUGAAAGGUGAUAUAAGAACAGACUCUUCUUCCUCUUCGAUCUUCCUCUACAAUUCUAUAAACAAAAAUAAUGUUUCAAGGAAGGUUAAUGGUGGAAAAGGUGAAGAUAAAGAGGAUCAAGUGCUUCAAUUAGAGAAGAUUAAGCCAUAUACUAGAAAAUGGGAGACAAGUGUGAUGGACACAAUUGAUGAAUUGAAUCUUGUUUCGAAGAAAGUGGAUUCGCGGAGAGUUCGAAAAUGUGAUGUUCAACAUGAUGUUCCGGCAGUGUUCUUCUCUAAUGGAGGAUACACUGGGAACGUUUAUCACGAAUUCAACGACGGAAUUAUACCUUUGUACAUCACUUCUCAGCAUUUCAACAAGAAGGUUGUGUUUGUGAUACUUGAAUAUCAUAGUUGGUGGAUCAUGAAAUACGGUGACAUUCUUUCGCAUCUAUCGGAGUUUCCUCCAAUAGAUUUUAGCAAAGAUAACCGGACUCAUUGUUUCAGUGAAGCAAUUGUUGGCCUCAAAAUCCAUGAUGAGCUAGCCGUGGAUUCGUCGUUGAUGGAAGGUAAGAAGAGCAUUGUUGAUUUCAGAAACCUUAUGGAUAAGGCUUAUUCGCCUCGGAUUAAAGGACUUAUUCGCGAAGAGGAAAGGGAACAACAACAAAACUCCUUAUCUCCGUCAGAAGGAGUGCAAGAAAUUGCGUGGAAGAAACCGAAAUUGGUUAUUGUCUCUAGAAGUGGUUCAAGAGCUAUAACCAAUGAGAAUUUGUUAGUGAAAAUGGCUGAAGAAAUUGGAUUUCAAGUCGCGGUUUUAAAGCCUCAGAAAACUUCGGAAUUGGCGAAGAUUUAUAGGGUACUAAAUGAAAGUGAUGUGAUGAUUGGUGUUCAUGGAGCUGCAAUGACACAUUUUAUGUUCAUGAAACCUAAAUCUGUGUUCAUUCAAGUUGUUCCUCUUGGGACUAAUUGGGCUGCAGAUACUUACUAUGGUGAGCCUGCAAGAAAACUUGGUUUGAAAUACAUUGGAUAUGAAAUUCAUCCUAAAGAAAGUUCUUUAUAUGAGAGAUAUGAUAAAAGUGAUCCUAUUUUGAGUGACCCUGAUAGCAUUACAAACAAAGGGUGGGAAUAUACAAAGAAGAUUUAUCUUGAUAGCCAAAAUGUUAAAUUAGACCUUAGAAGAUUCAGAAAAAGGUUGCAUAGAGCUUAUGAGUACACUGUUUUGAGAUUGAAUUUGAAUCUUCAACACCAAUCACAGUGAAUGUUUCCAUUCCACGGUUUAGUUGUUCAUUCUUUAAUGUAUAAAGAUACUAUUGUUUAUUUUUGAAGUGUUCUUAUUAUGCAUAUAGUGACAAGUUGGAAAGUUCUUAGUGCAAUAUGUUGUGGAUACUAGGAUGUGUAAUUUAGAGUAGCAAAUUGUGAUUCUAAUAUUUGUGUAUUAAUACAUAUGGAACAUUGUUUACUUUGAAUUCAGAUUCAAUUGUCCAAA